CCUCCUGCCUCCGCCGCCGCUGUGUUCAAUCACAAUUAGGUGUGACUGAUGCUGCUCAUGCCGCACGGACGCCGGCUCGUUUUGCUUAGACCUCGGACUUUACUGGACGUGUUUGUGGAUUUUUAGUCGACUGGCUGCUUUUUAAGGACGGGGGCGGAACUGAGCGAGUGAAAGGAAGUGGAAAAAAUGUACUGGCGGCAUACUGGCUUGCGAUGUGGACCGACUGGACUCAACCUCGAUGUUUACUUUUGGAUGUCCCUCUGAAUGAAUGAGUGUGUGUGUGUGAAUGAGUGUGUGUGUGUGUGGUUUUAGGGUCACCUGCUCUGGAUGUGGCGCCGGUACACCAACCAUCUCAUCUCGGUGGGGUAAAAAGUGCUGGGGUUUGCUGAUUCCAGGUGCCUUGAACGCAUCAUGAGCAAAGAUAGUUAAAGAAGAGUGAUGGAAGUGAUGCUGCUUGUAGGGACAUUUUAAAACACCCCACUGAGACACACACACACACACACACACACACUCACACACACACACACACGCACACACACACACACACACACACACACACACACACACACACACACACACACACACACACACACACACACACUCACACCUGCUAUUGAGGAGAAGGUGAGGCUUCAUGAGUGAGGGGUCACAGAAGGGAGACAUCAACGACACUGGCCUGGACUUGUUGGAAGCCAUCGUCGUGGCAACCCACUGAGAGACUGCAGACAUUGAUGCCACUGAGCUCUUUUCAUCCCCAAGAAGCACCCCCAUUUUUACAGGCUGCAUGGACACAUCGUCAAAGUCGUGGCUCCCACAUCAGGGUCAGUUUGGGUUGGGUGGUCAAGUGGAGGUGUGCUGUAGUGGACCUGGCGUUUUGACCCCAAACCAAUCACGCAGGGCAAGUUUUGCCUCUGUGAGACAGUCAAGCAUGGAAACUCCCCCAAAUGCCACGCCGCAGUCCUUCAGGCAACCGAGUUUUCUCAAUCGGAAGCUAAAGGGCUCCAUCAAAAGGGCCAAAAGUCAGCCCAAACUGGACCGGACCAGCAGCUUCAGACAAAUGAUCUUGCCCCGGUUUCGUAGCGCCGACCAAGAAAGGACACGCUUGAUGCAGAGUUUCAAAGAAUCCCACUCCCACGAGUCCUUGCUCUCUCCCAGCAGUGCUGCCGAGGCUUUGGACUUGAUUCUGGAUGAAGACGCCGUCAUAAAACCAGUUCAUUCCAGCAUUUUAGGACAAGAGUAUUGCUUUGAGGUGACCACCAAUUCCGGAACAAAAUGCUUUGCCUGCCGGUCUGCAUCAGAGAGAGACAAGUGGAUUGAAAACCUGCAACGAGCUGUCAAACCCAACAAGGACAACAGCCGACGAGUUGACAAUGUACUCAAGUUGUGGAUCAUCGAAGCGCGAGACCUCCCGACGAAGAAACGCUACUACUGUGAGCUGUGUCUGGACGACAUGCUGUACGCCCGCACCACCAGCAAACCUCGCACCGACACCAUAUUCUGGGGCGAGCACUUUGAGUUCAACAACCUACCCACCAUUCGUAGCCUUCGCUUGCACCUCUACAAGGAGACGGACAAAAAGAGACGCAAGGAAAAAAGCACUUACCUCGGCCUCGUCAGCAUCCCCAUCUCUAGCAUCACCGGUCGGCAGUUCGUGGAGCAGUGGUACCCCGUCAUCCAGUCCAGCGUUUUGGCCAAGAGCGGCGGCGUUGGCAGCGGCAAAAUCAUCAACGCCUCGCUCCGCGUCAAAUCUCGCUACCAGACCAUGAACAUUCUUCCUAUGGAGCUGUACAAGGAAUUCGCUGAGUACAUCACCAACAACUACCGAACACUGUGUGCAGUACUGGAGCCGCUGUUGAGCGUGAAGAGCAAAGAGGAGGUGGCGUUUGCGCUGGUGCACAUACUCCAAAGCACUGGGAAAACUAAGGAGUUUUUGUCUGACAUGGCGAUGUGUGAGGUGGAUAGAUUCAUGGACCGCGAGCACAUGAUCUUCAGAGAAAACACGCUUGCGACGAAGGCUGUGGAGGAGUACCUCAAGUUGAUAGGUCACAGAUACCUCAAGGAGGGGAUUGGUGACUUCAUUCGAGCAUUGUAUGAAUCUGAGGAGAACUGUGAAGUGGACCCCAUGCGAGUCCCGCCUUCGGUCCUGGCUGACCAUCAAGCAAACCUUCGCAUGUGCUGCGAGCUCCUACUCUGCAAGAUCAUCAACUCCCUAUGCAUUUUCCCCCGCGAGCUGAAAGAGGUGUUUGCGUCGUGGAGGGUGAGAUGUGCCGAGCGUGGGAGGGAGGACCUCGCCGACAGCCUCAUUAGCUCGUCACUGUUUCUUCGCUUCAUGUGCCCGGCCAUCAUGUCCCCAUCGCUCUUCAACCUGACGCAGGAGUACCCUGCCGAACGCACCUCGCGGACGCUCACGCUCAUUGCCAAAGUCAUGCAGAACCUGGCUAGCUUCAGCAAGUUUGGGCCUAAGGAGGAGUUCAUGUACUUCAUGAAUGAGUUCUUAGAGAUGGAAUGGGGUUCCAUGCAGCAGUUCCUCUACGAGAUCUCCAACAUGGAUGCUGGAGGAAACGCCGGCGGCUUCGAGGGCUACAUCGACCUCGGCAGAGAGCUGUCUAUGUUGCACAGCCUACUUUGGGAAGUCAUGGGCCAACUCAGCAAGGACGCUAUUCUCAAACUGGGGCCUCUGCCCCGGCUCCUGAAUGACAUCAGCGUGGCCCUGAGGAACCCUCAGCUACACACCACCACUAAUCACCAGCCCGAGCGGCCCAAGGACAGACUCUUCUCUCGGCCCACGUUCAAUCGCCUCAUGUCCUCUGACUUCCAGAGCCUGAUGAUGCGCGACCUAAACAGUUCGAUUGACAUCUCCCGCCUGCCGUCACCCGCCCCCGGCGUGUCUGCUGUGGAGUCUCUCUCGUCCAACCUCAACAUGAGGCGUCAGGCGGAACGAGAUUUGCGCUCGUCCAGGGAAGUUUUCUACGUCACACGCCCGCCGCUGGCCCGAUCCAGCCCGGCGUACUGCACGAGCAGCUCUGACAUCACGGAACCCGACCCUAAGGUACACAGCGUUAACAAGAGUGUGUCCAUGAUGGACCUUCAAGACUCACGCAUGAACAGCAUUUCCAACCUGAACUCUGUGGGAGACAUGCUCACCUCCUCCCAGGCCUCCAUAGCCGGCCUGGGCCACAGCUUCGGCAACCUGGGCGGCCCUCUCCGCAUGGGAGGGCACCUUCCCAGUGGCUCGGCGGGGUCCGGUUUGAGGCUGAGUCAGAUGGGCCACAUUGGCGGCCCUACCGAAUCCAUCUCCCAGCAGCAACAGCAGGCGGCUGCGGCCAUGCACUUCCCCCUGUCUUUCCAGAACCCUCUCUUCCAUCUGGCUGCCCAGAACUCGCCGGCACAUCCUCCUCCACCGCCGCUCCUCCUCGCCCCAGAGCCGGAGAACGGCCACCAUGACUACGCGCAAGCGUUCGGCAACAGCGCUUUCUCCCGCAGCGAGGAUUUGUCGGCCUUGCGCUCCCAAAACAGCCUGGUACAGCCCAGCAUCGUCCACUCGCACAGUUACAGCGACGACUUCACCCGGCAGAACCAGAACGACUUUGUUUGGCAUCAGCUGUCACUGCAGGUGCAGGAGUCCCUCCAGCAGCAGCACCUGAUGGGCAUCACUUCUCAGACAGGCACCGGCACAGGUACGCCUGCCUCCUUGGCCACGCCCCCUACCACUGUUCACCCCGUGCGCCAGUCCUCCAUAGCACCCCACCUCCUCAAGUCCCAGCGGUCCAUCAACACUUCAGCUACCGCCACGCCCCCGAAGGCCCGACCACAGAGCAGGAAUCUGCUCCUGGACUCUUCUGAUGGCAACUUCAGCGGCAGUCAGCCGAAGCAACGGCAGCAGUCGCAGCAGCAACAAACGCAACAACCAACGCAGACUCAACAACAGGAGACACAGAUGUCUUUGACUGACAGUCCGGCUCCUGGGCUGCCGUUCCAGACGAGCUCCGCCAAGGAGAACCAGGCGCCGUCUGCAGCCGCAGAAGACUCCACGGACACGCCCACAAAAAGCAACAAAAAGUCUCAACAGCUGCAGCCUCCACAGCAGCAUCUGCUCAAGCCGGUCGUCAAUAAGGGUUCUCAAUCAAACUUGAAUGAGCGCACUGUAGCCUGGGUGUCCAACAUGCCGCACCUCUCGGCCGAUAUCGAGAGUCUGCGGCCCGACCGUGAAGGUCAGCUGAAGGAGUACUCCAAAAGCAUGGAUGAAUCCCGCCUGGAAAGGGUGAGGGAGUACGAGGAGGAGAUCCAUUCCUUGAAGGAGCGUCUGAAGAUGUCUCAUCGCAAGCUGGAGGAGUACGAGCAGCGGCUCGUGUCGCAGGAGCAGCAGACGAGCAAGAUCCUGCAGCAGUAUCAGUGCCGCCUGGAUGACAGUGAGCGGCGCCUCAAGCAGCAGCAGGUGGAGAAGGAUUCUCAAAUCAAAGGCAUCAUCAACAGACUCAUGGCUGUGGAAGAUGAGCUGAGAGGGGGUGCCAUUCCUGAUAUUAAGCCUCGAAUCCUCACAGACCAGGGCUAUGGCGGUCUCCCAGGAUCCUGACUGCCAGUUCGAAAGCGACUAGGAUCCGUGAUGGUCAUCCAAGUGUAAGCGGAACCAGAAGAUCUACGGUACCUCACAAAAGAUUCUUGUCGCAAGAAAAACUUUCAAAAGAACUUGACAAUCACUUUUACGACUGAGACCAAUUUGUACAAAGAAUGUCGAGUUAACGCCUCAUCGGGAGUUUCUUCAUCUGUCAAAAAUGCUGACGAGAGGAUUCUUGCGGGCACAAUGCAACACCUUGGGGCUGCCGACUAAAAUGUAGAACAAGCACAAAGUCCGCCCUGAUUAGUUACAUAUCUUUUUUUUUGCACCUUUUAAUCAUUUUUAAAAAUCAAAUUAUAGCUGCUUUCUACUCAAUUUCAAGCCUCUUCAUUUUCUAUUCUAAUGACUUUUUAUGAUGAAAAGGCUGAAGUUGACUACAGAGUAUUAAGAUGUGUUUUUCAGGAUAAAUACUAUUAUACUUCUGUUUUAUGAGAAACUUUCUCAUAAAAGUUCAUAAAAAAAUCCUAUUCUACAGUUUAAAAAAUCAGCUGUCUUUAAAGAGGUGCAAUAAAAAAAAAGUUACCUACCCUUUACAUUCCUAAACAGGGUCAUUCUUAUGGAAGUAUUGUUGUAGUAAAACAAUUUGAAAUUGCGCGUUUCAAUAUUUUUAUGUGUAAUCAGAUCUGCGUGUCUCUGUUCUAAUUUGUAUGUCUGUGUUUAGAUUGUGUAAAAACAAUCUGUGGGUCCAUGUUUAAAUCCUAGCACCCAGUGAUAACAAGGCGGAAGUUAGCAUCUGAUUCGAAUGGUGUGCGAUACUGAUACCAGACUGAUACUUUUACUUGAAAUGUCAUUGUUAUUGACUAAUUUUGUCACUACUGUAAUACAAAAAUACAUUGUUUUAAUUAGUUGACAAGGCAAUAUUUCUAUUCAAUAUAUUUAAUAUCUUCUUCUAUCCAAAAUAACCUGGUCAAUUACACGUCUCUUUUCAUGCAAUGGUUGUUGCAUUACAUUUUUAUAUCACACAUACCAAGUUAUUCACUGCUAAAAUGCAUCCCAGAGCUCAAGUUAUUACCAAUAAUUUCAAAGAUAGACUAAAGGUUUCACAAAUCAUGUUUUUUUUUUUUUUUCUGUGUCUGUGGAAUAGUCUUGUCCAGGUUUGAGAACUUUACGUACAGUUGUUUUUAAUCUGGACCUGAAUUCAUGUGGUCUACAUUGCCAGUGUCAAACUCAUGGCCCGGGGGCCUAAUCUGGCCUGCCACGUUAGUUUAUGUGGCCUGGGAAAGCCUGAAAAUAAUGUUUGUCAAUUGCUUGAUUUUUCUCAUUAAAUGUAUUAAUUAUUUCUGUUUCAACAUAAUACAAAUUAAUUUCCUGCAUGAAAUUGCAUAUAUUUUAAACUUGGAUAUAUAUUAUACAAAAAAAUGCAUAAAUUUUUUUUUUUUUUUAAUAUAAAUACCUUAAUUUCUGCAUGACACCUUGGCUGAUUUCAAAACAAAUUAUCCAUCAAUUUGUACAUGAACCUAAUAAUUAAAUGUAUAUACAAUUGUAUAAUAAUAAUAACAUAAGGUGAUUAUACAUUUAUAUUCACAUGUAUUCACUUUUACAAGCAGCCCUCUGAAGGCAGCCGUAACUGCGAUGUGGCCCUCAAUGGUAACGAGUUUGACACCCAUGGUCUACAUCAUGUAAAGAAGGUUAAAUAGAUGAGGAAUCUAUAAACAAAUACAGUAGUACCUCAACUUACAAGUUUAAUUGGUUCUGUGACAUAACUCUUAAGUCAAAACACUUGUAUCUCAAGUCAACGCCGCCUAUUAAAAUGAAUUGACAUCGAUUUAAUUGUUGCUUGGCCCCCAAAAACAGCACAAUUUUCAAAUGUGACAUGCUUUUUAAGAAGAGAAACACAUUUUUAGAUUAAAAAAAAUAUUGUAUUAAAACAAUAGUGUUAUUAUCAGUAUGAAUGUAGUACCAACAGCUACAAUAGUUUUACAAACUAAUGUAAUGUACAGCAUUUACCUUGCAGAGUGGACGGUAUCUCCUUCUCCGAUAAACCCCUCAUUAGCAACUUUUCUAUAUUUUCAUGGAUACAUGUCUGCCAUUUAGACAUUAUUUUAACAUCCCUGGCUGGCAUUCAACUCAUUUUGCUUCAUUAGGGUGCAGACGACUUCGCCAAGUUAGUGACACGCCCUGUCCUGUUUAUAAUGAUGUAUUUCUUUAAUUUAAUGAACAGAAUCCACUCUCUCCUUCUCAGCACUGUCCGUCACGCUCACUUCCUUCAUUCUCAUGGUUGGAAAAACAAAGUUAUGUCCAUCUCUAGCUAUAAGCUAAUACUAGCGAAUAGAACAUAAUACCACUUUGGCAUUACACUUACUGUAAAAAGUACAUUUGUUUUCAGUACAGUCCGUCCAAGAACAGACAUACAUUAUCCAGGGGUAGACGGAACAGGAAGACUGAUGGAGGGGUAGAAAGGAAAGGUGAACAUGUGGGGAAGACGAGGCAAAAGAAAGCUAAGCUCCUAUGGGUGGAGUCUGAGACCAGAAAAAAAACCUCAAGCCACAUAAGCACAUACUACUACACAAAAACUCAAGACUUGCAACGAGGGAGGGCAUCGGGCCCAAAGGUGCAGCCAUCAGGGUGCUGCUCCGUUGAAGCGGUGAAGCCAUAGGAUGGGGUGUAUGUGUUCAUAGUAGUAGUUCAUGUGUGUGUGUGCGUGUGUCUCUCCCCCCCCCCCCCCCCCCCCCGCCCCCCCUCCUCCCUCCCUCCCUCUCCAUAAGCCUGGAAGUCGUUCCGUUAGGCGUCACAGCCUUUUGCCUCAUUCCGCAGAGUGAUAGUGUUUACACCAGGGGUGUCAAACUCAUUUUAGCUCAGGGGCCACGUUAAGGAACAUAUAUUCCCAAGUGGGCCGGACUGGUAAAAUCAUGUCAUGAUAACUUAAAAAUAAAUACAACUUCAGAUUGUUUUCUUUGUUUAAAAAUAGAACAAGCACAAUCUGAAAACAAAUCAAAAUGUGUUUUUUUUUUACACUUACAUGUUGCUGUUCAUAGUAGUCUAUCUUCAUUUGAUUUAUAAUUUCUGAAUACAUUGUGAUAAUGUUCAUCAGUCAAAUAGGUGUGAGUCUGGCAGUUUUAAAUUGCUCUCAUUGGGGUAAAAUGAUACACCAAUGAGAGAAAUUGGGCAGCACGGUGGUACAGGGGUUAGUGCAUCUGCCUCACAAUACAAAGGUCCGGAGUAGUCCUGAGUUCAAUCCCGGGCUCGGGAUCUUUCUGUGUGGAGUUUGCAUGUUCUCCCCGUGACUGCGUGGGUUCCCUCCGGGUACUCCGGCUUCCUCCCACCUCCAAAGACAUGCACCUGGGGAUAGAUUGAUUGGCAACACUAAAUUGGCCCUAGUGUGUGAAUGUUGUCUGUCUAUCUGUGUUGGCCCUGUGAUGAGGUGGCAACUUGUCCAGGGUGUACCCCGCCUUCCGCCCGAAUGCAGCUGAGAUAAGCUCCAGCACCCCCCGCGACCCCAAAAAGGGACAAGCGGUAGAAAAUGGAUGGAUGGUGUAAAAUUGUAAUCUGUUAGAAGAUGUAAUAAAUAGUCAUAUCAAAAUCAAAUUACAGCAUGUUAAUGUAAUGUACCCAUUUUCCCCAAGUGAUGUACUAACAUCAUGUGGUUUAUCCUGUACACAUGUAGCAUCAUCUACAACAGGGCUCAGGAACCUUUUUGGCUGAGAGAGCCAUGAAAGCCAAAUAUUUAAAAAUGUAUUUCCGUCAGAGCCAUAUAAUAUUUUUUAACACCGAAUACAACUAAAUGCGUGCAUUUUUAAGUAAGACCAAUAUUUUUUAAUCCUCUUAUUCUUUUUAAUAACAUUGUUAUUCUGAAGCUAACCAAUAAUAAAUACAAUACUUCUUACCAUCAAUGCGACUUCUUCUACAGGUGCGGUAGAAAACGGACGGAUGGAUUAAAAUUAGAGAUGUCCGAUAAUAUCAGCCUGCCGAUAUUAUCGGCCGAUAAAUACGUUAAAAUGUAAUAUCGGAAAUGAUCGGUAUCGUUUUUUUAUAUUUAUCGGUGUUUUUAUUUUAUUUUUUAUUAAAUCAACAUAAAAAACACAAGAUACACUUACAAUUAGUGCACCAAUCCAAAAAACCUCCCUCCCCCAUUUACACUCAUUCACACAAAAGGGUUGUUUCUUUCUGUUUUUAAUAUUCUGCUUCCUACAUUAUAUAUCAAUAUAUAUCAAUACAGUCUGCAAGGGAUACAGUCCGUGAGCACACAUGAUUGUGCGUGCUGCUGGUCCACUAAUAGUACUAACCUUUAACAGUUGAUUUGACUAAUUUUCAUUAAUUACUAGUUUCUAUGUAACUGUUUUUAUAUUGUUUUACUUUCUUUUUUAUUCAAGAAAUGUUUUUAAUUUAUUUAUCUUGCUUCAUAAAUUUUUUUUAAAAAGUACCUUAUCUUCACCAUACCUGGUUGUCCAAAUUAGGCAUAAUAAUGUGUUAAUUCCACGACUGCUUAUAUCGGUAUCGGUUGAUAUUGGUAUCGGUAAUUAAAGAGUUGGACAAUAUCGGAAUAUCGGAUAUCGGCAAAAAGCCAUUAUCGGACAUCCCUAAUUAAAAUGCAUGAGAAUGGUUUUAUAUUUUGAACGUUAUUUUAAACACUGUGAUUACCAGUGGGAUUAUUAAUUACUUAUCGUGUUAAGCAAUGUCAGCUAAGAUAAGAGAGCCAGAUGCAGUCAUCAAAAGAGACACAUCUGGCUCGAGAGCCAUAGGUUCCCUACCCCUGAUCUACAACAUCCAUCCAUCCAUCCAUUUUCUACCGCUUGAAACCUGUGAAUGUGAACUCAUUUCAUUAAUCACACAUGAAGUUAGAAGGGGAUACAUGUUAUUUCAGCAUAUUUAUGUGCGCCCAUAUGUGUCCCCAGUCCUCUAUCUUAACCAGGCACAUAUCUCCGCCCCCGAAUGAAGUCAUGCGCACUCCUGUGGUAGGGGAUACAAAUAAUUGCUGUUGCGACAUCCAGUGGACACAUUUGGAAGAGCAGUUUCUUUCAUUCAAAAAUUUCAGCUAAUUUUUGUACAAACCAAAAUCAUCUAACGGGCCGGAUAAAACCUGUUCGCAGGCCGCGGUACGUUUGACAUCCCUGGUUUACAUGGCUGGUUGCUAUGGAUGCGUACAAGAUAUAGUAAGACCAGAUGUUUUGGUCGGAUCUUACGUGGUUCACAGUGAUAUUUGCUCACCCAAUUUAUGGCUUAUAACUUAAACAUUUUAAAAUAUAGCAAUAGACAAGAGACGGCUCUUAUCUCAAAACACUCUUAAGUUGAGGUACCACAUGUAGAUGAAAGCUUUCACAAACCACUAACUUUGUUAUAUUUUUGUUAUUGUUGUCAUUAUUUUGCACAAGAGUAGUGGCAAAUUUAUUCAAUGACCAUUUCAGGUAAAAAGUGUCAAACGGCCAACCAAGGGUUCCUGCUUCACACGGAGUUGAACACAGAUGCACACACAAAUCUAAACACAAACACACAAAUGACAACAUUGAUACUCAGAUCUGACUACGUGCACACGGAUUGAGAUCCACAUUUGAAAAUGUUUUUUCCACAAUAAUACUUCCAUACCUUCUACCUGCUUCCUGGAUGCUAGCAUACUUCAUCUGAUACAAGAAAAGCAAUGUCCAGUAGAUUUCAUAUUUUAAAGCCUCAUAGGGUGUAAAAGUGACGUAAACAAAAGUUUAUGACAGCAAUUUAGCAAGUUCCCGCACUCAUUUGUUGUGUUUGCAUGUGCUUUUAAAAACACCACAUUAAAAUCUGUUGUAUAUUUUAAAAAACCCAAAACAUUUUCUAUAACAAAACUGCAAAUUUUGACUCUCGCCAUGAAAAGAAGUGGAAGAAAGAAGAUGGCGUCCAAGCGCAGGGUUAACACUGCCAAAUAUUGAAUACCAACACCAGGUGUAACAUUUGUACAUGAAAUGUCUUUUUUUGUAGUUAGGUGAUGACUUCAUUAAUGCUGUUAGUUGAUGCUUAUUACGUAUGAGAUUUAAACCUCUUGCCUUCAAGAUAUCUUGACAAAAAGUUUUAUUUAUGUUUGUUACCAGAAAUGUAUAGCGUUGUUUCAACCCACUGGCCAAUUUAUUAUGCACACCUAGAUGAACUCAAUAAUGUGGGCCGAAACAUAACAGGGUCAUUUAUUUUCAAAACGGUUGUCUAAUAAACUGGUGAGUGUAUAUCUAUUCUUAUAUGUCAAAUGUAUUCUAAUAAUAAUCGGAAAGUACGCCGUCAGGCAUGGACUUGUAAACAGAUUAUUUACUGUACAUUAUCAAUAUUAUUAUGAUGAACACUUCAGAGUCUAUAUGGUGCAGUGAUGGGACAAGACCUAAAUAAUUAGAAUGUUAUUUUAUUUUAAUUUAAUAUUCAUUGUUAUUGUUGGGGAAGUUGUAGUAAUGUGAAAAGAGUAUAUUAACCUUAUGAGAAGAGAAAUUGUACAAUAUUUUAACACAUUUUGCCCCACAGAUUUAGUUUGCGCUAUUAAUCUAUCAUUAUUUUAUUUUUCCAGUAUUGUGUUUUAGUGUUGUUAUCCUCACAUAACUAUGAGAUUUACAGUAUUUAUCAGACUCUCAGGUGUCCCCCCCUCCCUCCCUGAGGAACACAGAGGUAAUUUAAGUAGUAUGUUGGUGUCAAAAGCACAAUAAUAUUUUAAAAAAACACAAACCACACCUUUUUGGUUAUGACUGAUAUAAUUUGCACUUUGCCUUGUUCAAAAUAACACAAAUUGAUGACUUGUAUAGUUUGAAUAAUCCUAUCAAUGGAGCAGCAUAUAUUUAUGGUUCUAUAAUGGAUGUAUUAGAUUAAAACCUAGUAUUAUUUUCUUUAUCGGCAGCUAUUAAUAUCUGCACAAAUUUCACACAAACGAUGGAUUUAGAAUUUGACCGACUUGGAUGUAAUUAUUUCCAUGAAACAAGCCAUGCCCCACCAUGAAGCCAUAUCCUGUUGUGUGGUGGAUCUUUUUUCCUCUUUGGUUUCAUAAUGCUAUAUUUAUUGUAGGAAUGAUUGCGCCUGUAAUUAUGAUAGUCGGUGUACGUGGAUCAAUAUGAUUUAUGUUUGAACUAAAGGAAUGUAACCUUUUUUCUUGAGUGAGUUCAAUAAAGUGAUACAUUUCAA